CUCGAGAGCUUCUCCGGCAAAUCGGAGUACGAAGGACUCGGGGCGGGCUUCAGGGAUUGGGGCCUCCGGUUCUUGGACGAGCUGGUGGCUGCUCAGGUGAUCAGCGGGGGCAACCGGCUGGAUAAGUUUAAAGUGCGGGUACUGAACCGCUACCUGGAGGGCCCAGCGCGGAAGUGCUUCGACAGGAUGAAGGCAUUCUGGGCGGUGGAGGCACCCACACUCGAGCACAUGAUGAACAGAAGGCUGGAGGUGUACGCGAAGGAGAUCACGAUUGAGCAGACCUCUUGGUUGAUGAAGGCCAGGAAGAGACCCAACAGCAGCUGGACAGAACAGUAUCUGUAUCUGAUGUGCAGUGACAAGAGCUGCCGACCGCUUGGACCUGCAGUUCAUCUGUGA